UUUGUUCACUGUAAAUGCAAAGCAGCAGCAGCGCAGAAAUCUGUAGCAGCAGCUCAAAAAUGCCGAGUCAAGAGGUAGUGACAACAAAAGUAGUAGUACAUCCGCUGGUACUACUCAGCGUGGUGGACCAUUAUAAUCGGAUGGGCAAAAUCGGCAAUCAGAAAAGGGUUGUCGGUGUAUUACUUGGAUGCUGGAGGCCUAAAGGUGUUUUAGACGUGUCAAACAGCUUUGCAGUACCCUUCGAUGAGGAUGACAAAGACAAAACUGUAUGGUUCCUCGACCAUGACUAUCUGGAAAACAUGUAUGGAAUGUUCAAAAAAGUUAAUGCUCGUGAAAAGGUAGUAGGAUGGUAUCACACUGGACCCAAACUACAUCAGAACGAUGUAGCUAUCAAUGAAUUAAUUAGGAGAUACUGCCCUAAUUCUGUGCUGGUCAUCAUUGAUGCUAAGCCUAAGGACUUAGGUCUUCCGACAGAAGCUUAUCAGGCUGUUGAAGAAGUGCACGAUGAUGGUUCUCCAACAUCCAAGACAUUCGAACAUAUCCCCAGUGAAAUUGGAGCAGAGGAGGCUGAAGAGGUGGGUGUCGAGCAUCUGUUGAGAGACAUCAAGGACACCACCGUGGGCACCCUCAGUCAGAGAAUCACAAACCAACUGUUAGGUCUAAAGGGUCUGCACGAGCAGAUCAGGGAGAUCAGAGACUACCUGUUGCAAGUUGGUAGCGGAAAGCUGCCGAUAAACCAUCAAAUCGUUUACCAGCUCCAGGACAUUUUUAAUUUACUGCCCGACAUGACUCAAAGCAAGUUCGUCGACUCUUUAUACGUGAAGACGAACGACCAGAUGUUAGUCGUCUAUCUGGCCGCAUUGGUCAGAUCUAUAGUAGCCCUUCACAAUCUAAUUAAUAACAAGCUCACCAACCGCGACGCCGAGAAAAAAGAGGCUGACAAGAAGGAGGUGAAGAAGGACGAUAAGAAAGAGGAGGAGAAGAAGGAGGAGAAAGAAAAGAAAAAAGAGGCUGACAAGAAGGAGGUGAAGAAGGACGAUAAGAAAGAGGAGGAGAAGAAGGAGGAGAAAGAAAAGGCGAAAGCGAAGAGCCAAUGAGCCGAGCGAGACCGAGACUAACACGUGCGGUUCUCAGACUGUUGAUCUAACGAAAGUUCACCAAACUCACGAAGUUUGUCCAUACAUGUACAAAUGUAUUUCUGUGUUUUGAGACGGUCGACAUUUUCGAGCUAACACCAAAAAAAAGAAAAAAAGAAAACGCUAAACAGAUACGACGAAUUUCCCUCGACGAGGUGUUCCAGGAUAGUAACGAAACUCGGGCGAGUACUUUGCAUUAGAUAAAGGGUAUCGAUUACGCGUAGUUCCUUGUUACCUGUAAUUAGGAACGAUCGACUGCCACCUGCAACUUUUAUGUAAUGCACACCUCCCACAGUCUAGACGGUUCGAACACUGCAAACAUGUUUUUUCUAAAGAAAUUGAGCUUUCAUAAGUAACGUGACGCUGCGUUGUUAAUAAAAAUGUAAAGAAACGGAAACCGAGAGCAAUACCGAUCAUUCGAGCACACGACUUUAUUUAUUCUUCGUCAAUACUCUGCGGGGGGCCACGGUGAACGGCUCGCAUUUGUGUCAUACGAAGCUUCAGACGGCGUAGCGUCGGGUCUCGAGCCUCGAGCCUUUCUCGAUCCGUUCGAGCUUCGUCUGUCUGCAAAAUCUCGAUCCGGAAAUCCUCGAAGUCCCGACGCUACACGCAAAGCGUACGCCCGGGGAGGAUCGAAACUGUGUACCGUAAAACAGCAUUUUCGUCAUGCUUGUACCUGUACGAUACAUAAUUUGAGAUACACGCUGUUUUUCAUUAA